AUGGCAGCAGAAGGACAGGACAUUGAUUUGGACUCGGUGAUCGACCGGUUGCUCGAGGUGCGAGGCAACCGACCUGGCAAGCAGGUCCAGCUGCAGGAGUACGAGAUCAAGUUCCUGUGCACGAAGGCGCGCGAGAUCUUCAUCAACCAGCCCAUCCUCCUCGAACUCGAAGCGCCCAUCAAGAUCUGCGGUGACAUCCACGGCCAAUACUACGACCUCCUCCGCCUGUUCGAAUACGGCGGCUUCCCUCCCGAGGCCAACUACCUCUUCCUCGGCGACUACGUCGACCGAGGCAAGCAGUCGCUCGAAACCAUCUGCCUCCUCCUCGCCUACAAGAUCAAGUACCCCGAGAACUUCUUCAUCCUCCGCGGAAACCACGAGUGCGCGUCCAUCAACAGGAUCUACGGCUUCUACGACGAGUGCAAGCGGCGAUACAACAUCAAGUUGUGGAAGACAUUCACCGACUGCUUCAACUGCCUUCCCAUCGCGGCCAUCAUCGACGAGAAGAUCUUCACGAUGCACGGAGGGUUGAGUCCGGACUUGCAGAGCAUGGAGCAGAUCAGGAGGGUUAUGCGGCCGACAGACGUCCCCGACACUGGUCUCCUCUGCGACUUGCUCUGGUCUGACCCGGACAAGGACAUCACGGGCUGGUCUGAGAACGACCGCGGCGUCUCGUUCACGUUCGGUCCCGACGUCGUCUCGCGCUUCCUGCAAAAACACGACAUGGACCUCAUCUGCCGUGCGCACCAGGUCGUCGAGGACGGGUACGAGUUCUUCGCCAAGAGGCAGCUCGUCACGCUCUUUUCGGCACCCAAUUACUGCGGCGAGUUUGACAACAGCGGCGCAAUGAUGUCGGUGGACGAGACGCUUCUCUGCUCGUUCCAGAUCCUCAAGCCUGCGGAGAAGAAGAAGACGUUCGCGUACGGCGGAGCGGGACAAGGGCGUCCAGUCACGCCUCCUCGCAAGGCCAAGGGCGGCAAGAAGUAG